AAGGCAAGUCCCUCUGCCACAAUGAGUUCUGAACAUGAAGAAAUUGAUGUUGCAAAAACUGUUGUCAAUGGGCUGAGCAGCAAUGGACAAGAAAAAGAAACAGAUCCCACUAGAGUCUGUAGUGGAAAAGGAGCUGUGACCCUUCGGGCAUCUCCAGCCUAUGAAGAGAAUCAGAAUAUCACUUCGCCAUGUCCUCAGGAUGUUGAACAGCCUGAAAAUGAUUGGAGGUCAUCAUCUAACACUGAUGCCAAUGGGGAUGCCCAACCAUCUUCUCUGGCUGCCAAGGGUUAUAGGAGUGUGCGUCCGAACCUUUCCUCAGACAGCAAGCCGCAGGAUGCCACUGCCACCAGCACAGCUCAGCCUGGGGUUAUAGUAGUCCCCCUCCUCCAGGUUAAUCCAGACAGACAGCAAGAAGGCAGCUCCAGCACUCCACCACCACCUCUGGUUCCUUUUGGGCAAGGCUCCGUAUUCCCUGAGACUGUUUCUCCUGGCUCACCCUUGACUUUUCCGACUCUAGACGAUUUCAUUCCCCCACAUCUCCAGAGGGGUUCCCACCACAACCAAGCACCCUCUGCAUCCGGCACGUUACCCUCUGUUUACCCGAAACUGCCAUUCUUCUCAUCACCACCUUCACUUGCCCCUCCAGUCACGGGGGCUUUGCACAGGGGCUUGAAGCCUGAAAUCACUGGAGUCAUCUCACGUACAGACCCAGGUCCUGUGCUAAAUGAAGUGCCCCAGACUGGCACUGGCACUGACUAUCCAACCUCCUUCACUUCAAUCAACAAGUCUUCCUCUGCCUAUCCCUCUACCACAAUCGUCAAUCCCACUAUUGUUCUCUUGCAGCACAAUCGAGAACAGCAAAAAAGGCUUAGUAGCCUGGCAGAUUCAGUGCCAGACAGACUAGUUUCUGAUAAAGUUGAUUCAGCACUCAUACGGGACAAGCCGGUUCAGGAUACAGUGCCAAGUGAGAAGAGGGCAAUGGAGGAGAAGAGAAACAUUGUUAAGAGCCCUCAGUACAUGGCUGAUACCUCCGUUGAUGACAUUGGCAUUCCACUGAGGAAUACUGACAGAUCGAAGGACUGGUACAAGACGAUGUUCAAACAGAUCCAUAAGCUGAAUAGAGACACUCCUGAAGAAAACCCUUAUUGCCCUACCUACAUAUUUCCUGAACUUCCUGAAAUCCAGCAAAAAACUGAAGAUGAAGAUUCUGAUUCAUAUUCUCCUCGUUAUUCCUAUUCUGAGGACAGUAAAACUCAGCUUUCAGUUCCCCGCUCCAAGAGUGAGAUGGACAAUAUUGAUUCAGAGAAGGUUGUUAAGAGAUCUGCCACUUUGCCACUGCCAAACCGUGCUUCAUCGCUGAAAUCAAGCCCAGAAAG